GAAAAGGUCAAACAAGAAAAGGAAGCUGCAAGAAGAUCGCGGCGUAGGAGUGAACUUUCUUCUUUUCCGUAUAGCAGAAGGAAUGGAUCACUGAGCGGACAUUAUUUUAUCAUAUUAAUAUUAAUAUUAAUAUAAAUACUCACAACCACGACGACGUCAAUCGCCGGCCAAAAAAUAACUGUCACCAAACGGAGAGAUCUGCGAAUCGACGGACGGAUUAUAGCUCUUCUAAGUUAAUUUGUUUUCUGUUUCAUGUGGUAAUUACUCGGUUGAGCUUGCGGCGUGCGUUUCAACAAACAGCCGUUUCAUCGCUCUUCUCCGUGGAUUCAGCCAUAUCUGGUGUCGAAUUAGGGUUUGAACGACAUCUGAUUAUUGUUUACUGAAAUUUCAUGUAUGAAGCUGUUUCAUCGAUUUUCUUCGGAGAUUCAGCCAAAUUUGAUGCGAACUAGGGUUUGAAAGAGCAAUGUUACUUGUUUAUUAAGUCGGUGCGGCAAUCGAUUGGCACUACGGUUAUCUGGUGCUGGAGAUCUCACUGGAUUUCUAUGCUUUGGGCAAUUAUUUGAAUGCAUUAGAAACAUGGGUCAGAUGCCACAGAAGCUAUUUAUGCCUUUUUUGAGCCGCUAUUGUGGGAUAGGCGAAACUCUGUGAAACUUCUUCUGUUUUGCGUUGUAGAUGCUGCUUGUUUUUUCUGAUCAUGUGUUUUGGUUUCACAAUUUGUAACGAGAUUGCUUUUGCUAUUUUACGUGCAGGGCAUAGUAUUUGAAUCUAGGAGUGCAAUGGCUACAUGUAAAACGUAUGACCAGAAACCAUUGGUUAAUGGCGGAGGACUAGAUAAUAGCAUGUAUGGUAUUAUUGGUUUGAAAUUUUCUAGCUUUAUCAAGUCUGAUUUGACAUGGAAAAAAGACAACAGGAGUUCAUCCAGACGAGCUAGGAAUUCAGUGUCUAGAAGCUGGAAGGCUGGUGAAGAAGUAACAAAAAUGUUUCCUAACAAUGAGGAUAUGUCAAUUUUGGAAUCUGAAAAGGAGCUUGGAGUUAGCGUUCUAGGGUGCCACUUUAAUGAGAAUGCAGACCGUGUGCGUACUAAGAAGAGGAAAUUAACAGUUACAUCAACACCCAAAGUGUCCUCCAAAUGCAUGAAGGAAACUAAGAGGCGUCUAAAGUGUCAACCAGUAGCAGUUGAUUAUGGUUCAUGUACGAAUGACUUGGGUCAAAUUGUAGAUGCUAAAGUAGCAAAACAUAAAAUUGAUGAGAAGAAUUUGAAGAGGGUUAGUAAACAAGUUAAUGAUAAGGAAGACUUCUCAGGUAUCUUCAUACUUGCAGCUGCUGCUUGCAAUGACCUUCUCAGAGAAGGUGAUGAUCAUGUUGGGGAGGGUUCUAGAGUCGAAGAUCCUAAUGCGCAUGAAAGUGUAUCAGUGAAGAGUAGUUUGCACUCUUUGUCAAAAAAAAAAUUGAAAGAGGACUUUUGUUCUACUAAUGUAUCAACUCAAGGAGCUGGUUAUGAUAUCUACAAGGUUAAAGAGGGUUCUUCGCAUAAUUCAAUGGAUGUGAGGGCAUGCCCUGUUGAUUAUCAGUUUGCAGAUUCUAAUACCAUAGAAGGCAUUCCUCAGGAUGUGAAGUAUCGUAAUUCUUGUGGCAAGAUUAGAAGCUCAGGAAGUGAGACCAUUCAAGGUGAACCUGAGGGUAGCGUAUGUGAUACUGAUACAAGACUGCUACCAGCAGACCCUGGAGGGAUAGGUCAUGAGGAGCAAUCUUCAAAUGCUAAGGGAUACAAAUUGGAUUCAUGGACUGAUAUCGACAGGAGUAGUUGCUCCCGAGAAAAAUUGUCUUCUUCUGAAAAUGGUGAUUUUGUUUCAAAUGAAAGUUCUACUCUAUCUAAUGACAGGGAUAGAUGUGCAUCGUCCCAUAGUUUAACUUGGAGCUCUACAGAAAAUAGCAAAGGCUCAUCUCCGCUGCAACUUAUGGGGUUGAACUCAAUUGUACUUAACCCGCUUUCGUCUAUGUCCAGUCCAACACUCAGAACCUGUAUUUCCAGAGCAUCCUGUGAUGCAGCAUCUGCAAAGAAUCAAAAUGGUCGUGAAACUCUUUCUUUAGGUUUGCAUGUGACUUCUUCAGUUAAUACUCCUGGUGAGACUCUAGAUGGUUUAAAUGAAUGUUUCCAGAGUGCAAAAGAUGAUUCUGUUUGCCAAUCUACUGAAUGUACUGGGGUAGAGAUGUCAACCAUAGGUGUGUUGGCUCUGGACUCAGAGGUGCAAGACAAUAAUGAUAUUGAGCAUGAUGACACUAAUGCCUACCAGAACAACUCUAAAGAUAUUGUGAAAGGUUAUGAUAAGAUGACUAAAGAGGUGCCUUCUGACAAUGGUAAUAAUUCAGACGUUUCUCAAGAUAUUCAUAAAAAAAACAACAGGUACGAUGCAGAUUAUGAUUCUCAGUAUGAAGAUGGAGAAUUAAGGGAAUCUGUGGAACAUCCCUGGCAAGAAUAUGACGGAGAUGAUUUAGAAGUUGAAUUAGUGGAUUACGGGUCUGACACUAAUAAUUUGGGUUCUCAAUCUGAAAAAGAUGCAUCAUCCAUGCAGGGAAUGAAUUUACAAACUCGGUCAAAAUGGUUGACAGAAAGCGAAGCACAUGGUGUUGCUAAGACUGGUGAUAUCAUUUGCAAUAGACCCAAAGUUUUAAAUUACGAGGGUGUCAUAGGUGGCGAUAUUGAUACUGGGAAGGAUGCUAAACUAUUUGGAGGUAGAUAUUUUAUUGGCAAAAGAAAUAUUAGCGGCGAAGGUGCAGAUAGAGUGGAAACUUUGAAUGGGAGAAGGGCUACGGAGUUGAGAACAUUUACAAGGGACAUGUGUUCUCAUAUGGAAGAGCAGAACUUUCAUGAUGUUGCAUUUAGAAGCAGGGACAGAUAUACCCGGCAUCAUUAUGCUGGAGAUCAAGGAUAUGAUCGUUUGGUCAAUUCUCGACAUGGAAAUUUUGGCAUAAGACGCAAUUAUUCACCCAGGAGCAACCCCUCCAUGUCUUUUCGUCACUUUGGGCCAUCAAAAAGAAUGCAUUGUCAUCCUACAAGGAGUCGGUCGCCAGGUGCUAGAAUUUGGGAUUUUGAUAGGCAGUUGCAUAGUCGUUCAUUUAGGAACCCCAGUCCAGGUCAGCGGAUGACACUUGGUAGGGAGAGGUCUGUUAGAUAUGGUCUCGAAGUCGAAGGGAGAGGACUCGAGAGUCAGUACCAUGAUCAUGUACCUGCUGAUGAUUGCAAUGAAUUCUCCAUGUCUCAUUCUCUUCCUUUUUCCAAGAGAGAAAGAAGUCUAUCACCUAUUAAUAGAAGAAGGGAGCCCCAUGUACAUCGAUCUCGAUCAUCUUCUAGCUCUAAAAAUCGCUCUUGUAGUUCUGGUAAUCCAAGUCUUAGAUGCCGAAGUAAAUCCCCUAAUUUUAGAUACGCUAUGAGAACGCAAACAACAAGAUCACCUUGUCGGAGACCUUACCUUUUGGUGGAUCGUGUAGGAGGAUACAAAACACCACCAAGAAAUCAUGGGUCCCCACCUCGAAGUACAAGAUGGAUCGGUGAUAGCAAAGAAGAUGCAGUUCAAGUUAGGGAGAUAAGAUACAAUAAGCAUUCUUCACUUCCAUUUAGGAGAUCACAAGGAAGAUUUGUUCAAAGAGAUAACAGGUUUGACAUUAUUGAUUCUCCACGGCCCUUUAGAUCUAUGCAUCCAAGAAGAUUCAUGGAUAUGUGUGGAACUGUCGGAGGGAAUUUAAGGCAUGAUGAGAAUGAUGAGAAUAGGGGUAAUCAGCGAAACAGAUAUGGGCCUCCUCAUCCUGUGAAGCGAUACGACAUAAAUGAACAUGUGAAGCGACCAUCAUAUAAUGUUGUUUAUGGUUAUAAUACUCGUGGUAGGGAUGUUCAAGAUUAUAAUGGCAGGGAGAAUCCGAAGUGUCAUGGCAUGGAAAGCAAAAUUGGUGACUCGCCGAGGAAAUUUAGGGAAGAUAGAGGGCAAUUUAGAUAUUAAAGAUAAGGGAAAUAUAGUAUUGAUGCAGAAUCAUUUGGGAUGCAGGAAGUGGUGGUGACAAGAUACUUUUUUAAGGGGAUCCUGACUUUUUUUGCCAGAUUGCUCAUCCUUAUUGUUUAUAUUGGAUUUGGAUGCAUCAAAAUUUUGAUUUUUUUGUUUAUUAUGGAAAAUCUUAUAGAUCCAUAAUUUUCAUCACCAACACAUUUUUAUUCGUGUUGAGCUAUAUUUCCGUUAUCCUUAUUGAAAUUUUAGGGAAGUUUGCCUUUCAUUC